ACCCCCCUCUCACUUACCUCAAGCAUCGAAAUCAGCACCUCAUAACUUCCCUAGUAGUUCUGGGCCACCUCCAUCGGACUUGCACACGGGGUAUAUCAACACGCAGCCGGGGAUUCAUGAUUCCCCCGUGAGUGUUGAUACAGUACAGGACGAUUACGAAUCACCCGUCUCGCUUGGCAUGAAUGCCAGAGCGGAUAGUACUGCGUCAAUCCAUAGCUCCGUCUCUACUUCAGAGACCGUGGAGAGUAUUGAUGGUGUCAUUGAAGCAUGGACUCGCCCUCUUACAACAAACUCACAAAAGCCUGACCUAUGUGAUGAUGCAGACUCAGAACAUGCAGUGCAAGAUGAGAGCAAGACUAGUUUAAAUGGGAUCGAAAAUAAGGCCGGUGAACUCGAAGGAACACAUCGAACAGCACUUGCGCCAUUAGAUCGGCCCGAUUCCUUCGACGAUCUUGAUACCUGGUCCAAAUCCUCUCUGGAACGAUAUGUGGCAAUGCUACGGAAGGAGGCGACGGCAGAUACCGACUCAGAUCGAUUUGAGAUUUUCACAAGUUUCAUGGCCAAGGAGGCAAAGCUACGUGAAGUCUUGUAUAGCAUUGAACCUUACCCAAAGAGUGCCAACCAGACAAUGACAGGCACUUCUCCUUCAGCAUCGACGACACUAACUGCUCAUGCAAACAGCAACGACAUCGAUCGUGUGUCCUCUCCUGUGGAAUCUGGACUGUGCCCGGUGGAAACUGAGGACACUGCUGUACCUACUACUACUGCGGACGAACCAAGAGAUGGCAGCUACAGUGGCAGCUACAGUCCGGGUGGCCGACCAAUCCUUAGGCUUCACACACCUGACCCUGCAAGUGUGAAAAGUUCCCCUUCACAUGCUGUUGCCCCUUCCCUUGAUGCACAGAUGUCAUCCUCAAGACCUGCCUCAGUACCGCCUACGAUGAUUGAUCUUGCAGCACAUAAGCAGGACCUCUCUCCACUUGCUACCCAUCCCCCACAGCCGAUUUACACGCCGUUCCGUUACACGGAGGGUCCUCAAAGGGGCUCAGAUGCCCUCGUGUUUGAUCGUCCGGCUUAUCAAGCUUAUUCUGCCUUGCGUCAAGCAUCUGCUGAAAGCGGGCGGGUGAUGUCCAAUGGCUUGCUUCCUGCAUCAGAAGACCUCUCAUUCCCUGCAGAGACACCAAACCAAGCAGGGCAGGACGAAACAUUCAUCGGCCUCAUCAGGGAGAAAAGUAUUGCGUACCGAAAAACAGCUUCCCAGAAGUCGUCGACUCUCCCACCACUACCUGCCUCCCUAAGACAAGGUAGAAUUCCCGACCCCUUGGACGAUUUACGCUCAAUCGUGUCAUCGUCACUGAGCAAAGAGUCUGUGAGCGGUAUUGGAACUACCACGAAAAAGGAGCCCAAGGGAAUAACCAAUGACUUCACUUACAUUCAAGAGGCGAUAAAUACCUGGGUUGCUUCGAAUAAGUCUCGUAGGGAGGCACUGGAGAAGGAACGUGUCCAACGUCAGGAUGAGUCCGAAAGACAUAUUGAUGCCCUUUUCAACGCAAAGGAGAUAGGGUAUGCUGAUAUCAAUGUCCUCGAGGAGGAAUUCCGUCAGAAAGAAGCUCGCUGCCAGCUGGAGGAGGAGAGGCACGAACUGAACGACUUUAUUGCACACGUUUUUGACCCGCUGGAUAAACGAUUGGAAGAGGAGGUCAUGGCAUUGCAAACCGGUUAUGAAGCCGCUCUCGCCCAGCUUGACGACGGUGACGAUACGAUCCAGAAAACGGCAAAUGACCAUAGUCACGUGUCUAAGACAAUGAAGACCGUCAAUGAGAUCUAUCGUGACCUGGAGGCUCGCUAUCAGAAGCGCCUCGAGAUUGCUUUAGAUCGCGAACGUCGACGAAAGAAAGCUGAGAGGCGGCCUCUUGUUUUUAUGGGCGACUCGACUGCCCUCAAACGGCUGGAUCAAGAAUUCGAUCAGAUGGAGAAGCGCAAUAAGCUGGAGGCUGCUCGGGAACGGGAUGCGAGAGCCAAUCGAUUGAUGGACUCUUUCGAUGAUGUUAUCAUGCAUGGUCUAGGAGAGAACCAGAGGAUUCUCGAUGACAUCACUGCAAAGGUAUCACGAAUCGAUGUGGCAGGCCUUCGUUCUUCUCCUCUCUCAGAGAGUGAAAUUGUGCAAUUAUUCAGAUCAGCCAAUCAGUUCAUUGACUGCUUGCGCGAGGACUCCGAAUCCAUACUCGAGAAUUUCGGUAUCGCUGAUGCACUUCUCAACGACGCUGAUUAUGGUGUAUCUGUUGCUGAGGCUCGAUGCUCAGACGCCGAGGCUGAUGUUUUUCGUCAACUAGAGGCGGAGAAAAAGAAAGAAGAUAAGAAGAUCCAAGAUGAUCUAGAAUCCAAGCUUGAGAGUGUUAGGGAAGGGCCAGCCCAGGUGGCCGCUAACAUCAAGGAUAUUCUCCGUUCCCUCGGCCACGAUACUGCCUCCGAGCAAUCGCCUGCUCUGUUGCAGGAGCCUGUACAGCCGCCCAAAGAUGCUCGCUCACCGAGUCCCGGCUCCGCCACCAAGCCUACCUCAGGCCAGCCUGUGCAAAUUAACGAGCAUCAAGAGCGACUUCGCAAGGCAUUGGAGAAUGCGAAGAAGAGAAACGCUGCAAGAAAGGUCACAUGAGCACGAGCACAAGCUUGCUGUUUGUAGAAACAGCUUUAUCUCAGUACAUACAUCAUCAGUGUUGUUAUUAUGUAAUUAGAAGUCCCGUGGAGCCUUAUGCUUCUUUCCUCUUAUCUUUUUCCUUCUUUCUUGGGGCGGCGGUUGGCCACAUAACUUUAAUGCUAAUGUUUCCAGG